AUGUAUUUGGAGACAUUUUUUUCCUUGGUCUCUCAGCUUCUAUUAUUUUUGUUUUUUUUUUGGUUUUCUUCUCUUUUUUUGGUAACUUUUGGCUGUGUUCUUUCUUUCUUUCAUUUAUUACUUUCUCUAAACCUUAUUCCAUUUUUCUAUUUUAUUUUUUUCUCUCAUUCAUUCUUCUUUUUUCUUUUUCUUCCAGUAAUCUGUUUUUAUUUUCCUGCCUUCAUUCAUUCUUUCUUUCUUUCUUUUUUUCUUUCUUUCACUUCUUUCUUUCUUUCAAUUUUUUAUGCUGCCUCUAUUCUUUCUUUCAUUUUUUUCAUAUCUUAUAUUUUCAUUUUUUUUCCAUCAUUUUCCCUCCCUCUUUCUUUCUUUCUUUCUUUCUUUCUUUCUUUCUUUCUUUCUUUCUUUCUUUCUUUCUUUCUUUCAUACCUAAUGCUUCUUUUUUUUUUCUUCCAUCUCAUAUUCUUUCCUUCUUUCCUUUUCCUUCUUUCUUUCUUGGAUUUUUUCUCAUAUUCCUUCUUUCUUUCUUGCAUUUUUGCCUAUUUCCCAUUCCUUCCAUCCUUCUUUCUUGCAUUUUUGUCUCUUUCCUUUUCCUUCUUUCCUUCUUUCUUGCAUUCUUGUCUCAUAUUCAUUCUUUCUUUCCUAUUCUUUCUUUUUCCUUCCUUCCUUCUUUCUUGCAUUCUUGUCUCAUAUUCUUUCUUUCUUUAUUUUAUUCUUUUUUUUCCUUCCUAUUGUUUUCUUUUUUUUCUCUUCUUUCCUUUUUUCUUUCUUUUCUUUCUUACAUUCUUGUUGCAUUCUUUCUUUUUUCUUUUUCCUUCCUUCCUUCUUUUUGCAUUUCAUUUUCUUUUCUUUCCUUCCUUCCUUCUUUUCUUGCAUUCUUGUCUCAUAUUCUUUCUUUCUUUCCUUUUUUCCUUCCUUCCUUCUUUCUUGCAUUCUUGUCUCAUAUUCUUUCUUUCUUUCUUUUUCCUUCCUUCCUUCUUUCUUGCAUUCUUGUCUCAUAUUCUUUCUUUCUUUCUUUUUCCUUCCUUAAUUCAAAUGUUCAUAUCUAUCUAUAUAUCUAUCUAUCUAUCUAUCUAUCUAUCUAUCUAUCUAUCUAUCUAUCUGUCUGUCUGUCUGUUCAUAUCUAUCGAUUUAUCUAAGUCUGUUCAUAUUGAUCUUUCUAUCUAUCUAUCUGUCUGUCUGUUCAUAUCUAUCUAUCUAUCUAUCUAUCUAUCUAUCUAUCUAUCUAUCUAUCUAAUUCUAUCUACCCAUCAUUGUUCUAUCUAUCUCUCUAUCUCUCUCUCUCUCUAUCUAUCUAUCUAUCUCAAUAUUUCUAUUAUCUAUCUAUCUAUCUAUCUAUCUAUCUAUCUAUCUAUCUAUCUAUCUAUCUUAGUCUUUCUAUUAUCUAGGUCUUUCUACAAUCUGUUUUUCUAUGAUCUAUCUAUCUAUCUAUCUAUCUAUCUAUCUAUCUAUCUAUCUAUCUAUCUCUGUCAGUGCAUAUCUAUAUAUCUGCAUAUUUCUUGUCUUUCAUAUUCAAUGUACCAAAGAAGGAUUAUUUUAAAAACUUUUGAAUAA